CCCAAGGAGAACAGCAGCCCCAGGGGGACAUAUAGAGAAUCCUCCUUGUCGUCCUAACACUUCCCUGCAGGCUGCAGGCAUUGCCCGGGACUGCUCUCCUGACUCUCUCAGCUACUUGUUGCUGCCUCCGGGAGACUCAGCAUGGAGUACACUGCUUCUCCCAAACCCCAGCUCUCCUCCAGGGCCAACGCUUUCUCCAUCGCCGCUCUGAUGUCCAGCGGGACCGGCAAAGACAAGGAAACCCCAGAGAGCACCAUAAAACCAUUGGAACAAUUUGUUGAGAAGUCAUCAUGUGGGCAGACUCUGAGUGACAUCUCCAGUGUUGAUGCUCAUGGGGAGUUUAGCAGCAGCCCUACUUCUCUGUGCACGGAGCCCCUAAUCCCCACAACUCCCAUCAUCCCCAGCGAAGAGAUGGCCAAGAUUUCAUGCAGCCUGGAGACCAAGGAGCUCUGGGAUAAAUUCCAUGAUCUAGGGACAGAAAUGAUCAUUACCAAGUCUGGCAGGAGAAUGUUUCCUACAAUCAGGGUCUCAUUUUCUGGAGUUGAUCCGGAUGCCAAGUACAUUGUAUUAAUGGACAUAGUGCCAGUCGACAAUAAGAGAUACAGAUAUGCUUACCAUAGGUCGUCUUGGCUGGUAGCUGGAAAAGCUGACCCCCCUCUGCCUGCUCGGCUAUAUGUACAUCCAGAUUCCCCGUUCACUGGAGAACAACUGCUGAAACAAAUGGUUUCUUUUGAGAAAGUCAAGCUGACAAACAAUGAACUGGACCAGCAUGGACAUAUAAUCCUGAAUUCCAUGCACAAGUAUCAGCCAAGGGUGCAUAUUAUCAAGAAGAAGGACCACACGGCGUCUCUACUCAAUCUCAAAUCUGAAGAAUUCAGGACAUUUAUCUUUCAGGAAACAGUUUUUACCGCUGUCACAGCCUAUCAGAACCAACUGAUAACCAAGCUGAAAAUUGACAGCAACCCCUUUGCCAAAGGAUUCCGGGACUCAUCCAGACUCACUGAUAUUGAGAGGGAAAGCGUGGAAAGCCUUAUUCAGAAACAUUCAUAUGCAAGAUCUCCAAUACGGACAUAUGGAGAUGAAGAUGUACUGGGAGAAGAUGGUCAGCUAAUACAGAGCAGAGGAUCAGCUUUUACAACAUCUGACAACUUGUCCCUCACCUCCUGGGUAUCCUCCACUUCAGGUUUCCCUGGUUUUCAACACCCACAAACAUUGACAGCACUGGGCACAAGCACUGCUUCUCUUGCUACUCCAAUCCCCCACCCAAUCCAAGGGUCACUUCCUCCCUACAGUCGGCUAAGCAUGCCACUUACACCUUCAGCCCUCGCCAGCACCAUGCAAGGCAGUGGUCCUACGUUCCCCUCUUUCCAUAUGCCCAGGUAUCAUCACUACUUUCAGCAGGGGCCUUAUGCAGCCAUCCAAGGACUGCGACACUCCUCUGCUGUGAUGACCCCGUUUGUAUGACUGGCAUGAUGUGACAAUAUAUAUAUAUAUAUAUAUAUAUAUUUAUAUAGGGAGCAGUUUGAAGUAACAAGGUCACGCACUAUUGUAUGGAACCAGGUGAUGGACGAGAAAAGCACUAAACUUCUCCAUUCAACUAAACUCCAGACAAAAAACAGCAACGCAUGUACUGUAUAUAUACUGGGAAAAUACUUUCCUAAGAAAAGGCUUCUAAAACUCAAAUGAACAAAUGAAAACACUUCCCUCCAGCUAUGUCAUUACUCCAUCCCCAUGCGAGAAAUUAGAAAUUCUAUCUCUAAAGUGUAAAGUUUAAAAAAAUGUUUUGUCUGUUAGUUAUUUAUGCUUUCACACCUGUCCAGAUAAAUGUCUAUUGCAGCUGUAAUAUUUCAACUGGAGUCGCAUAUUCAAGGAAAUGGGCUUUAAAUACAGUACAGUGCAGAUAAGUCUUUUUCCCCUAGAUUGCAAUAAUUCUCAGAGUGAAACGCGUCUGCUACUUUUUGACCUAUUUUGUUACAAGCCAAAUGCAAAUUAUUUAUUAACAGAUUUUACUGCAUGCCUAACCAUCCUGUGGAUAUAAAAUGCCAGCACAACGUGGCUCCAUGUUACUUAGGCAUAGAUCUUCUCAGUUUCUCCGUCGUGUGGCAUUCAUGAACUUUUGUGACAUUUGAAGAGAAGAGGAGAUAGAGAAAUAGGACAGAUUCUUCUUUUCCUCCAAAAAAAACUACAAUGCCAUUGGAUUUUUUUCACAACCUAAACACAUGAACCAGGAAAUCUGUAAGACCACCGCCUGCACUUGGGUGCCAAUGUUCAGCAAUAACGAAAAACUUGUGUACAAUGGUUUCAAAUAACUAUUUUCAAAAGAAAACUGUUCAUUCAUAUUGAUUUUAUGGGCACAACUAUCACUUUGUGGUGGAUAAAAUGAUGCUGUGUAUGUGAUGUAAAAACUGCAUCACUGUGAGAUUUCUGCGGUAGCACUGUAGUGUGUUUUUAAGCCUUCAAGAUACCGGAAUUAUGGAAACCCUUAUCAACAGAAAUUUCAAGUUGACACAUAUUCAUAUUGAU